UUUCACUCAAAGAUGGCGUCGGCUUUGGAGCCGCUGGUCUCUGGCUGCGUUUUUGGGCUUGUUGUUGUCUGUGCUCCCAGUGCUUUUCGGAUCAUUCUCCGCGGCAACUCGACCCGAAAUUCCGGGUUCAGGAGCGACUGAACAGCGUUUGGCAUGACGUCGAUCAACCUUCGCCACUCCCGGGAGUAAAACCUGUUCUGGACCACUUUGUGAAGCACCACAGACAGGACAAAGACUGGGAAAAGAAGGGUAAAGAAAGGGAAGAAAACAAGGUGAACCGCCGGAUGAAGUCACUGUUCCACUCUGAGUAGGGUUUUGUUUUGUUUUUUGUUUUUCCUUUUUUAUUUCCAUAUGAACUGAGAAGGGGGGGGGGGGGAAACAAAACCCCACUACACUGAAACUUGUCUAGAGACAUUUGACCCUGCUGGAUAACACUACAUACCAGUCUCAGAUUCACUGAACGAUUCCUCCCUGUCGGAGGCUCAGUCCCCUUGCAAUCUGAGGCUACUGUCGGUCCACCACGCUCCUGGUGUGGGUGGUGUUUCUAGGACUGUCCCAGGACCCCCACUCUGACUGGGCAUCCCCUUGCAGCCCUGGUGCUGCCCAGAGUGAGGGCAGGGGGUUGCUGGGGGUAGCAGGAGGCCUUUCUCGUGUGGGGGGGUGUUGGUUUAUGCUAUGGUGAUCAGCCUCCUCCCUGACUGCUUCUGCUUUGAGAGACUUGCCACUAGGCCCAGGGACAAGGGAUAGCCGCCUAGGGCAGCGAGGAGGAGGAGGGUGAGGAAGAGGCAGGCAAGCUCCAGGGCCAAGGCCACUGGGUGCUUCCUGAGUGCUUGUGAGGGUGAGUGAAAGAGUGUGUGUGUGUGUGUGUGUCGGGCCGUGGGCCCGGUCUCUAACCGCAGCCAUGGUGAAACUGGCCAACCCGCUGUACACCACCUGGAUCCUGGAGGCCAUCAAGAAGGUAAAGAGACAGAAACAGCGUCCGUCCGAGGAGCGGAUCUGCAACGCUGUGUCCAUGUCGCACGGUCUCGACCGAAAGACCGUGCUUGAGCACCUGGAGCUCAGCGUCAAAGACGGCUCUAUCCUCAAGGUGUCCAACAAGGGGCUCAACUCCUACAAGGACCCUGAAAACCCUGGACGCCUGGCCCUCCCCAAACCCAGGGGCGGGGGCGGGGGCGGGGGUGGAGCUGGGGGCGGGCCCGUGGCUGGGCCUGUGGGCGGGGGCAAUGGAAGCACCGCCCCCAGUUCUUCCAAGAAGCCGGGCCUGGACUGGAACAAGCUGAUAAAGCGUGCCCUGGAAGGGCUCCAUGAGGCUGGCGGAUCGACGCUCAAGAGCAUCGAGCGCUUUCUGAAGUGUCAGGCGGACGUCGCGGCUUCCCUGUCGGGCAGUAGUGCCAUGGGCCCGGGGCUCUUCCACCAGCAGCUGAGGUUGGCACUGAAGCGAGCUGUCGCCCACGGACGCAUCGCCAAACAAGGCCCGCUCUUCCGAUUGGUCAGCCGCAGCUCCCACGGUGACGGCACCGGCUGCAUCUCGCUGGACUCGCUGCCUCCUGUUCGGCUGCUUCCCCACGAGAAGGAUCGGCCUGUAGCUGAGCCCAUCCCCAUCUGUAGUUUCUGUCUGGGGACCAAAGAGCAGAACAGAGACAAGAUACCAGAGGAGCUCAUCUCCUGUGCUGACUGUGGCAACAGCGGCCACCCGUCGUGUCUGAAGUUCUCCCCUGAGCUGACGACGCGGGUCAGAGCUCUGUGGUGGCAGUGCAUCGAGUGCAAGACCUGCAGCAGCUGCCAGGACCAGGGCAAGAAUGCGGAAAACAUGUUGUUUUGUGACUCGUGCGAUCGAGGUUUCCACAUGGAAUGUUGUGACCCACCAUUGACGCGAAUGCCAAAAGGUAUGUGGAUCUGCCAGAUCUGCAGGCCCAGGAAAAAGGGCCGGAAACUCCUUCAUGAGAAAGCAGCACAGAUAAAGAGACGGUACAACGCACCACUGGGCCGGCCCAAGGGCAGACCGGGUCGCCCCUUUAAGAAACUCCGAGGUGGUGGGCGGGGCCGGCGGAGGCGGGGACCGGGGGGCAUGGACCAUCGUUCUCAAGGCUCCUCCUCCCCACACUCUUCCUCCAGCUCAUCGUGCGAGGGUUACCCUGGGGACGACCGGCUACUGUUCUCGCACCGGGAGGAGGACUCGGCGCACGGCAGCCUGCGCUUCAACAAGAAGACAAAGGGGCUGAUCGACGCCCUCACCAAGUUCUUCACGCCGUCGCCGGACGGGAGGAAGGCUCGUGCCGAGGUCGUGGACUACACACAGCAAUACCGCGUCCGCAAGAAGGGCAGCCGCAAAGGAGACCCCGACGACCGCACGGGAGGCGGGGCCGAAGGAGACAAUCAGGAGUGUGGUGAUGACUGGAGAGAUGACGAGGAAAAGCCACCCGGACAAGAAAACCUAACAGAGAAGGAUGUGGAGCUGUUCAGACACAUCCAGCAGCUAGCACUACAGAAGGUCGGGGUGACCGGACCCCCAGACCCACAGAUGCGAUGCCCAUCUGUGAUUGAGUUCGGGAAGUAUGAGAUCCAGACGUGGUACUCGUCUCCUUACCCACAGGAGUACAGCCGACUUCCUAAGCUCUACCUCUGUGAGUUCUGUCUGCGUUACAUGAAGAGUCGCAGUAUACUGUACCAGCACAUGCGCAAAUGCACCUGGUUUCACCCGCCUGCCAACGAGAUCUACAGGAAGGACAACGUCUCUGUGUUUGAGGUUGAUGGGAAUGUCAGCACAAUAUACUGUCAGAACCUGUGUUUAUUGGCCAAACUCUUCCUGGACCACAAGACCCUGUACUACGACGUGGAGCCUUUCCUCUUCUACGUGCUCACACAGAACGACUCCAAAGGCUGCCACUUGGUGGGCUACUUCUCCAAGGAGAAACAUUGCCAGCAGAAGUACAACGUCUCCUGUAUCAUGAUCCUCCCCCAGUACCAGCGCCGAGGCUACGGACGCUUCCUUAUCGAUUUCAGUUACCUACUAUCUAAGCGGGAGGGCCAGCCAGGUUCCCCGGAGAAGCCCCUGUCAGACCUGGGCCGUCUGUCUUACGUGGCCUACUGGAGCAGCGUGGUGCUGGAAUGUUUGCACGAGGUGCGGGACCGGACACUCACCAUACGCCGACUCAGCAAGAUCACUGGCAUCUGCCCUCAGGACAUCACAGCCACCCUGCAGAGCCUUAACAUGCUGGAGUACAGGGGCAACAGGCUGGUUCUAGUUCGCAAAGAGAAGCUGGUGGCAGCGCAUGUGUCCCGCCUCCGGGCCCGCCCUCGGCUGCUAGAGGUUGACCCCGAUUGCUUACGCUGGACGCCUGUCAUCGUCACAAACACGGUGGUGUCGGAGGACGAGGGAGAUGAGGACGAGGAUGGAGACGAAGAAAAUGACAAAGAGGUGAUCUCCAGCCACAAGAGCCCUCCACUGCCCUGGAGUGCAAGAGGCGAGCGGGAUGAAGAUGAGGACCGGAGAUGCUUCCCCACGUAUCCUAAAAGCCAGAGUUCCCCGGCCACGUCGCCCAUACGCAACAGCCUGCCGUGCCCCGAGGGCGCCGCCCUGCAGGCCAACGGCGAGCGCAGGGGUCGUGGACGCCCUCCCAAAAACUGGCCGUGGGGCAAAGUGAAGGACCGGCCUCGCCCGGGUCCGGGGCGGCCACGGAAAAUCAGGCCCGAGGAAGACGAGGAUGAGGAGUACAGGAUUCCAGCCAAUAAGGCAACGGCGCCAUCCCUCUCUCUGCCUACGCUCUUCACUUCAGAGAACGAGACGAGCACCGCCUGCCACCACCCUGCGGAAGCCGCGCGGCACCCCGCCGUUCCGCUGCCACGCAGCAGGGGGCGCCCCCCGCGAAAAAAACGAGGGCCCAAGCGCAGGCUAAGCGAGGGGCCGGGGGAGGGCGUGCCCCCGUUGCCCCUGGUGACCAGGCUUAGCGAGCCUUUGCCUUCUCGACAGUCUUGCUCCAGUGAGAGCAGCGAUGAUGAUGACGACGACGACGACGACGACGAUGACGAUGAUUACGAUGAAGAGAUGGGCACCUGUUCCCCUCCUGUUUUAACCAAACCAACAUUGGGGCUCAAAUGCAAGAAGCCUCUGCGGAAGCGGCGCGUACGUCAGCGUAGCCACCCACACAGCAGCGUGGUCACCGAGACGAUCUCCGAGACGACGGAGGUUCUGGACGAGCCUUUCGUAGACUCGGACUCCGAGAGGCCCAUGCCCCGCCUAGAGGAGGAGACUCCGUUUGGCCACGCCCUCCGCUGCUACCCCCCCGCCCGCAAGCACCUAGACCCUGCACCAAAAAGGCUCCGCCCACCCAACAUCUCCGAGUCUGAGGAGGACGAUUCCACUCCGGUGUUGAAGCCGGUCUGCGGCUUGAGGAGAUCUGACCAAACCGAGGCGGGGGAGCGAGUGAGUCCACCGGCCAUUGCUGCGGAAACACCGGUGAAGAAGAAGAAAGGUUGGCCCAAGGGCAAGAGCCGCAAGCCAGCGCACUGGAAGAAGCGCCCCGGUCGGAAGGCUGGGAGCUGCGCCGGGCAGGCCGCCGACGCUGGCCUGACCCUUCCGUCCUCAGAGGAACCGCCUCCUCAAAAGAUCAAGGGAAAACCAGGCAGGAAACCGCGGAGCUACUACCUGCAGCGAGCUCAGGAAGAGGCAGACAGGCAGGAGCUGGCGAGGGGCCACGCCGGACAGCUGCAGCUGGAGAAGCCGGCUCCGGAAGACCACGCCUGCAAGAGGAAAAGCCUGACCUCUGACCCGGACUCUGAGAAGCGCAAGGACUCGGACGAAGAUGAUGAUUUUAUGCAGAAGAUGAGGGACACGCCCAAGCCACGGAGGCGAGGCCGGCCGCCGAAGAACCCCGGCCUCCCGCUGCCUGUCUCCAAACCCCCGCCCACGUCCGAGCCAGAGGAAGAUGAGGAGGACGAGGACGAGGAGGAAGAUCGGGCGUGGGUGGGGGAGAAGUCCAGCCGCCCACCCUCACGCACCCUGUCGCAGACCUCUAUCGCGAGAGUUCCUCCAACCACAGACGGGGACACAGCUGACCCGGAGGAGGACGAGGACAGGGAAGACGAAGAUCAAAGUGGCUCUAGAAGCCGGAGGGCAGUGGCCGUGCUGAGCUCUGGAAGCCGGCGGAGCGACGAUCACGAUGCAGACGACGAAGGCGACGGCCGACUGGAGGAGAAGAGGGAGGACUGUAAGCGCGGGAAGAGCCCGGCUUCCGAGGACGAUGACGAAGAGCUGGAGGAGGAGGAGGAGGAGCCUCCAACUCCCACCCGGUCGCCACCUGUGAAGGAGGAGCCCCAGAGCGGAGAAGGUUUUUUAGACAUGCAAGCGAGCGCGACGAGGGAGUAUGUCAGCAAACAGGAGGAGGAGGAAGAUGAGGAGGAAGAGCCAGACGAGGUUCCAGAGGCGAAGACCCGCUCGGUGGACGCCCAGGACGAGCGGCGAAGACGGGAGCAGGAGGAGUCGUCCGCCGCCACCGCUGCUGCCGUGGAGACCGUGACCUCGAUCGCGGACCCUUCUGAACCGCCGGACCUCCGUCCGCUGGAGGGCAAGUCUGUCCUGCUGAUGGAGACGGAGCAUCCGCACGCCAGCGCCGAGUUCAAAGACGAGCUCAGCCACCACGCGCACGACCAGCAACACCACCACCACCACCAACAACCACACCACCACCACCAACACCACCACCACCACAGCAGCAGCGAGCUGGACCUGGAGACGGUGCAGGCCGUCCAGUCGCUCACACAAGGUGAAGCCCAGGACGAGGAGGCCGAGUCUCAUGGCGCCUACCAGGACUGCGAGGAGACGCUGGCCGCCUGCCGUACCCUGCAGAGCUACAGCCACGCCGACGGCGAAGAGGACGGCCUCGCCAUGGUGGAUGACUGUGGAGCGUCCCAGAACAGCAGUCCCAUGCCCAACCCACCGCUGCCCCCUUUGGCCAGCCAGUCUGUGCGCUCCGUCAGCAGCCCCGGGAUGACCCCGGGGCCCCUGGACGCGGGGCCGGGGGUGGCCGGGGCGUCGGGGGCCGGCACGGGCGGGGGUUACACCCAGAUAACCCCAGAGCACCCCGGUUCACUGUCGGCGCCGUCGCUCCAGAACAUGGAGACUUCGCCCAUGAUGGAUGUGCCGUCUGUGUCUGACCACUCGCAGCAGGUGGUGGACAGCGGCUUCAGCGACCUGGGGAGCAUCGAGAGCACCACGGAGAACUACGACAACCCCAGCAGCUACGACUCCACGAUGGGCGGAGCCGGAGGGGGCGGGGGCAACACGGGGAACGGAGGCGGUAUGUCCGUGCCGGCCGCGGGGGCGUCAGCCUCGUCGACGGCGUCGUCCUCGUCGUCCACGCCGUCCUCCUCGUCCUCGCAGGGUAACAGCUGCUCCUUUGUCUCCACGCCGGGUCUCUCGUCAUCAUCCGCCGUGGCCAUAGGGAGCUGCGGUUUGAUCCAGCAGGCCGGGCCGGGCCCCAACGCCGCGGGCGGGGCCGGCGCGGGCAGCGGCGGCCCUCAGCCUCCUCCUCCGCCCCCUCCGCCCACGACGAAUGCUCCCGGCUGUAGCAUCAAGUCGCCCCAGGGCUGCGUUAUCGACAGGCCUCCGAGCGCCACCCAGCAGCAGCAGCAGCAGAAAAAGGUUGCCCAGCAACAGCCCCCACCGCCGCCGCCCCCGCCCUCGGGGCCCCCGCCCCCUCCGCCACAGCAGCAGUCCCUCUCCCAGUGCAGCAUGGGAAACGGCUUCGCCUCCACGCCCAUGAUCAUGGAGAUUCCCGAGAGCGCAGCCGGUGCCGGCGGCGGCGGCAGCGGCGGGCGGAGCCUCUACGACCGCAUGGGCGGAGACUUCGGCGCGGGCGGCUACGCCCAGCCCUCGGCCACCUUCAGCUUGGCCAAGCUGCAGCAGCUCACCAACACCAUCAUGGACCCCCACAACAUGCCUUACUCCCACUCGGCCUCCGUCACCUCCUACGCCACCAGCGUGUCUCUGUCCAAUCCCGGCCUGGCGCAGUUGGCCUCCUCCCCUCACCCGCCCCUCCCCCAGACCCAGCCCACCAUGACCCCGCCCCCCAACCUCGCCUCCAGCUCCAUGAACCUAGGCUCCUCCCUGAUCCAGUGCAGCAUGCCAGGUGCCAACAUCGGCCUGCCUCCUCCUCCCCACGCACAGCGCCUGCAGGGCCAGAUGACCACGGUGAAGGGCCACAUCGCCAUCCGCUCCAAGGCCUCGCAGAUCCCCGCCGGGUCGCCACACCAGCAGCAGCUGUACGGCCGCAGCUCGGGUGCCGUGGCGAUGCAGAGCACGCCCCGCACGUUGGCCGUACAGCGGGGCAUGAUGACCAACCUCAUGCCCACGCCAGGCGCCUACAACUCCAUGAACAUGAACCCUCUGAACGCCGCCAUGUCGGCCGGGUACCGCAUGCCCCAGCCCAUGAUGAACAGUGGGUACCACGGCAACCCGCCGUACAUGAACCAGCCGGCGCAGUACCCCAUGCAGAUGCAAAUGGGCAUGAUGGGAGGUCAGGCCUACCCUCAGCAGCCUAUGCAACCUAAUCACCAUGGCAACAUGAUGUACGCGGCUCCGUCCCACCACAGCUACGCGGGCGUUCCUAAACAGUCGCCUUAUAUGAGCAGAUGAGACAGAAAGACAUACUGAGAGAGAGAGAGAGAGAGAGAGAGAGAGAGGAAGAGAGAGACAGAGGAGAG